UUUACACUCACCUGGGAAACAAGCACUAAACUCAGCUCCCUAAGAAUCGACAUUCUCCCAAGGAAGAGGGUUGUCACUGCUGAAAAUGGAAACCAAAGAAGCCCCUGGGAAAGAAGGCAUGGGAGCCAAGAGGAAGAAUUUGACCUUCUUGAAGCACAGACUGUACAUGGUGGAGAGAAGGAAGACAGACACUGUUGUUGAGAACAGUGUUUCUGUGGACCAGGGUAAUUCUGGCACUUUGAGGAGGAGCCAAUCUGACAGGACAGAAUACAGCCAAAAGUUACAAGAAAAGAUGGCCCCACAAGCUGGGUCCUUGUCACCCGUCACUUCACUGCAGGAGAAUGAAGAGCAGCUGAUCAGGCGAAUGAUGGCCAAGAGAGUAAAAAUCAUUGCAGAACUGGUGCAGACAGAGAAAGACUACCUCAAUGACCUGGAGCUGUGCAUCAGGGAAGUGGUUCAGCCCUUGAGAAACAAGCAGAUUGUUAGGUUUGACGUGGAUGGCUUGUUUAGCAACAUUGAAUCAGUCCAUCAAAUAUCAGCCAAACUGCUGUCAUUGUUGGAAGAAGCCACAGCAGACGUGGACCCACCCAUGCAAGUAAUUGGAGAAGUGUUUUUGGAGAUUAAAGGCCCACUAGAAGACACAUAUAAAAUCUAUUGCUACCACCACGACGAUGCGCACACCAUGCUCGAAUCCUAUGAAAAGGAUGAAGAACUGAAACAGCAUUUAAAACACUGCGUACAGUCCUUAAAAAAGAUAUAUGAGGAAGAAGGAAAACCAAAUUUAAUGGACAUGGGAUCCCUGAUGAUCAAACCAAUACAGCGUGUGAUGAAAUACCCUUUGUUACUGUGCGAGCUCUUGAAUUCGACUCCUGCUUCCCACCCUGACCACAAGGCACUGCAAGAUGCCUUUGCUGCUGUGAAAGACAUUAAUGUGAACAUCAAUGAACUUAAAAGAAGGAAAGACUUAGUGUUGAAGUAUAAGAAGAAUGAUGAAGAAGAAUCUCUUAAAGAGAAGUUUUCCAGACUGAAUAUUCACUCCAUUAGCAAGAAAUCCAAGAGGGUUACUAGCCAUCUGAAAAUUCUGACAGGGGGAGAGCCUCAGGUAAAAGACCAGACCUUUAAUAAGGAGGAAAAGCUAUUUAGAAGUUUAGAAAAGACUGUGAAAUUUUGCAUGAAGAAUAUUUCAUUCUCCCUACAACAUCUACAGGAUUCCAUGCUUCUAGCUGCACAGAUUAUAACUGAACUACAAGGUAUUUUACACCACAAAGAUGAUGAAGACAAUGGCUGUUCAAAAAUGCUGAAUAGCAUUGGAAACCCCUGUGAAGGCUUUGUGGAUCAAUUGGAAAAGCUGGUUUUGACUCCACUCUCAGCUCUACAAACCUUGUUUCCAGGCCCCCAGAAGCUUAUCCAGAAGCGUUAUGACAAGUUGCUGGAUUACAAUGGCUACCUUGAAAGGUCAGCAGGAGAUGAACUGAAUCUGGCAAAGAAGGACUAUGAGGCUCUCAAUGCACAGCUCGUGGAGGAACUUCAGGUGUUCAACAGGACAGCUAAGAAGAUUGUGAUGAACUGUCUGCAUUGCUUCAGCACUCUCCUCAGGGACAUGAUGUCCUCAGCAUUUCAGUCCUAUUCGACCAUUGUGGUGCCUGUUCCGCUGUCUUCUUCAAAUAUCUGUGAAGUACAAAAUCAGGUGUUGGAAGGGUUUCACAAUCUAAAUUUUGUAAAAGAAAACAGCAGUGCAACAUUUAUUGAGAGAAAACUGAGCUUUGAAAAGAAGAAACCUGCUCCUAUUCAGCCUGAAUCUCCACGUCAGACAGAGAGCCAGAGAUCCAAGCUACUGUCUAUAUAUAGCACAGAAUCACUAUAUCAAGCUAAGCGCAAAUGCAAUGCCACACAGGAAUUUGAUAUUGAUUUAUAUGAAGGUGAGCUGGUGGCUGUUGUUGAGCAAAAGGAUCCCUUUGGAAGUACAAGCAGGUGGCGUGUUGACACAGGAAUUCAUAAAGGGUAUGUGUAUUCCUCCUUCCUGAAGCCCUACAAUCCAGCCAAGGUGCAGAAGGAUGUAGCAGAAACCAGUUUCUGUGAUGACGAUUUCGAUAAUAUCAGCCUUUUUGUCUCUUCACGGCCUACCAAUGAUAGCAGUGCAAGAAAUCUAGGACAUAAGAGGAGUGACAGCAGCUCAUCUAAUAAUAGCCUAUGUGAAAAACCUACAAUUAAUGGGACAGAGACUGAUCACGACAUGGAUGAUCAACAUACUUUCUAUGCUGUUUAUGCAUUUCAAGCAAGAAGCCAUCAGGAACUUAGUCUUCAGGAGUACCAGCGGGUUCGGAUACUCCAGUUUUCUGACCUGAGCGGCAAUAAAGAAUGGUGGUUAGCAGAAGCCAAAGGACAGAAAGGAUAUGUACCUGCUAAUUACCUUGGGAAGAUGACAUAUGCAUAGGAACAGAAAGGAUUGUUGGGACUAUUUUCUCUGAAAUAGAGACUCAUAGUCAGAAUAAUAAUCUGUUAUAAUUUACAUCAAACAGAGUGAACGCACAUGUGGUUUAUAACCAAGCUAUAAUAUCUGGAGAGGUACAUAGGCUACACUGAGAACUCCUACACGCUAAAAACCAUUACUUUGUCAAGACCUGAGGAAGUGUUUAACAAGAUUCUCUCUUAGUAACAUACUUCAUAAGUCAGGAGUUAACACACACAUACAAAGCACAGCUAAACUUAUACCUUUCUAUGGGUGCCUCUCCAACAUAUUUAGCAAAUAAUAUGUGAACCCAAGAGAAUUAACCUUGGAAAAGGAUAAAUUGUGUCAUCAGAAUUGCUGUAAAGACUCUCUUGUUCAGACUGAGAUGACUAUUCCAUCCCAACUCCCUAUUAAUGCUCAGAACAUUACUUUUGGGCUGUGAACAUUUACAGGAAGUCCAUCGAGCCAUUUAUUAAUUAUUAGAGAUGAAAAAAGUUGUCUUUUAAGAACAUUGUCCUUUUUGGUACUUGAUCACUCAAAAAGAGCUGUUUUAAAACUUAAAACCUGGCAAGUACCUAACCUUCACUCAGAGAAGUGCACUUUGCCAAAUUUGGAAUAAAAAAUGUUGGUUGAGAAAUAAGCAAGUUAUCUUUUGACAAUGACAUAUAUAGCAUGCACAAUGCGUAAUUUUUCAUAACUUAAAUCUGUACUAUAUAGAUCUAGAUAUAUGCCCCACUAAUAUGUUUAUAUUUGGAGACCUGCACAUUGCCAAAUCCUGAUUAUUUGCAGUUAUUAGACUUUAAAAUAAAAUCAAGUGGUACCUUUAUUUGAAUGCUUUAUUGCAGUGGUUUUCAAUCUGAGGCCCCCUAGAGGUCCCCAGACUAUGUCUAAGGGGUCUGCAAAAGGUGACUAUGAAAAUAAAGUUUUAGAUCCCAGAAAAGGCAUUCUGUUUUUCUGAUCAAUCAAAAGUAUGUGAAUACUCCCACCUACAGGUCAAAACCUGGAAGUGUUGUCAUUACCAUAGAAGCCCACAGUUUAACGCCCUUUCUCACAUUGCAUCAAACGCCAUGCUGAGCACAUGCAACAUUUAUAGUGGAAUUCUGUUCAGUCAGUUUUCAGUCUAAAACUUUUAUGGUAGGGUCCAGGGACCACAGGUUGAAUUUUUAGAGGGGUCCAUUUCCAUUUGAAAUGUUUUAGUGGACCACAAAUAAAAACAGGUUGAAAACCACUGCUUUAUUGCUUGUGUGACCCCUUUGGGGGUGCAAGUCUAGUCACUGAGAGAACAAUGCCUUGAGGAAGUGCAUCUAGGUGCCCGGACUCAUGGUGUGUCACGGUAUCUUCUUCAGAUGCUUCUAUUACUCUUGGAGUAUACGACCAUUAGAUUGGACAGUGGAAAAAAAUUAAAAGUAUUUGACUGUGCAAUAAUUAGAUUUUCUAGUGUUUGCAGGAUUAGGGGCCAACCUUUAUCACUAAAAUAGCUUUAAAUACUCUAAUAUCAUCAGUGAACACAGAAAUACAAAAUUAUGAGGAAAGAUGUGAUCACUGCAGUACUGCUCUUAUAGGUUCCUAUCCAUUACACAGUGGAAAGACUCCUGUGGACUACAGUAGUCAUCAGAUAAGACCUGCAGCCCACCUCUGACCUGAAAUGGUGACCUACUAACAUAUAAGCCCUUGUCAGGUAUUUUCUGUCCUACAACAUCAUUGAUGACUGACCGUGAUAGUGACAAUACAAUGAAAAUUGAUUAUCAGACUGAAUGGUCAACAAUACACAUAGGCAACAGUCAUAGGCAAAGCCACUGACUGCAUGUUUCCUGCUCCCCUAGCCCAAAUGUACUAUUUAAAGAUAAAAUGAAUGAAACCAUUUAAUAGGAUUCAGAAAAAAAAGAGACUACCAGCAAAGGAAGGAUGAGAGAAGGUAGAUUUGCUCAUGAAGUGCAAAGAGGUCUGUCAAAAGAAAAAUCUAGCUUUAAUUUUUCCAAGAAAGGGAGAGAGACUUGUUGAACUCGCAGAAGAGGAGAAGUGUGGCAGGUCAUGGAAGAACUUUAGCCCUCUGUACAUUGUAUGACAGAAAAGGCUUGAGAGUUCACUGGUAUGGACAUACAGAUUUUGGUAUUUGAACUUCUGUGAUUGAUCACAAUCCAAAUGAUAAAUAAAUAACAAUGUGGUUACACUGCCUUAUUUGUGAUGCACAGGAUUGUACCUAGCUGUUGCAAUUUCCAUGAGUGGAAUGUGCCCAUCCCUUCAACAAAUGUUACCAUCUCAUUUGAUCUGUUCAGAAUGCAGUUGAUAUUGUAAAUAAUAUUGUCUUUAUGUCAAGUAAAAAUCAAAAAGCUUUGGGGUAGAUUGUUAUGUCAGCUUGGUGCUGCGCAGCCUUCAUUAUAUUUAAUGGGGACUAUGGGCUCAAAGCCCUGCGCGUAGAGUUGAAUAUACUCCAAUAACAAAUUGCACUAAUUUUGCACUACAAACAACAAAAAAGUUUUGUUAUUGGAAAGAUCCCCCACAAGAAGUUUUUCAGCAUGUCUUAUAUUUCAGAAUAUCUUAAUUAGAGAGGAUCUGCUAUCUGCAGUAGCUGAAAACUGUUUUAAAGUAGCUGAAUUGUGUGUAAUAGGCUUAAUAAGCUCCUACAAGCACAGUGAUGAAGCUUUGUAUGCUAGGGACUGUAGUUAAAUGAAAGAACUAGGGAGUAAGAUAUUAAAAAGGGACUAGUGAUUUUGGAUGCCUCAGUAUUUGUGUGCCCAGCCUGACCCAUCUUAAAGGUCUCUGAUUUUGAGAAAGUGCUGAGUAUGCACACUAUGAAUAUCAGCCACUUUUCAAGUGUCUCAGAUUGCAUCCAAAAUCACUACUCACUUUUGAAAAUCUUGGCCUAAGUGUCUUGAUUUCACAAGGAAUGAAGGACUGCACUCUAGUACUAAAGGAUGAGCUUUUCAAAGGAAUCUGAGGGAGUUGGAUACCUAAGCCCUAUUGAAUUUCACUGGGAUUUGGGAGCCAAUUCCCUCAGGCCCUUUUGAAAACUCCAGCCUUAAUUGCUGGUGCCCAGAAUAUAUUUUGUAUAUUUUAGGAUAAAAAUAAUCUAUAUAUCUUGAAUUAUAUUCGCUUUCUUCCAUCAACCACAAUCACUUUGGAGUCACAAAAAGUUUCAUUGUAAUGUACUCCGUAUUGACUGAUGGGAUUGGCUUUGAUCAUUUCUGAAACCUUCUUCAGUUUUAACUAUUAUAAAUGAAUGAGAAUAUAUUUAUUUUGCCAACUUUUAUCUGUUUUUUAAAUAAAUAAACUCAAGCCAAGAGCAUUGCCAAGAUGAUGAUGAGAAGCUGUCUGAAUUAAUGCCUUGCCUACAGUGGAGGAAUUUGGCAAAAAUUCUAAUGGGACCUGCUUAAAGCAGAUCUAGUUGAGACAGUGCUUAGAACGCUAGAGAUCCAUCUACAUUAGGGUUCCCUACAUCGCUAACAUCAGUGGAGGCAAACUGGUUUUAGUAAAGGUGUGAUGGGGGUGGGGGGGAAAGAGGGGCAAUUUUUUUCUAAUGCAGACAUGACUUCAGUGUUUGAAGGGCCUGCUCCUGUUAAUCAAUGACAAAACUCUCAUUGACUUCAAUGGAGUAAGAGUGGGCUCCAGUUUAGUAAACCAAUAAGGCACCAAUCUUGCAAACACUUAAGCAUGUGCGCUUUACUUACUUGAAGUCAAUGGGAUUGUGCACUUGCUUAAGUGUUUGUAGGACUGGGCGCCAACUUUGUCACAGUGUUUCUUCUUCGAUAGGAUUUUUUUUUUUUUUUUAAAGAGAUGCCAUUGUGCUCUGCACAGCAAUUUCAAGCCCAGUAGUUUCCAGAGCCAAACAGGGACUCAAGUUUUAUCUUUGGCAACCACCUACUGCACUAUUUUCCUUUUUGUUUGCAGUCCCUGUCCUAGACAGGAUAUUAUUCACAUUUUCAGUGAAAACAAUAUUGAGAAUUAUUCCUUCCAAUACUUGUUUUUAAAUUAAUACAUUUCAGUGCGUUAGCAUCUAUGUCUAAACUUCAAGAACACUCCUGCUUUUACUUUAAGAAAGCUCAGAAAAAAUGCAUAUAAUAGGCCCAGU